UCAGGCUGGGGUCAGUUGAGAAUUGCAUUAGAACCGGAAAGAUGCGCCUAACACUAUUGCUGCUGAUAAUUGUGGGAGCCGUAUGCCUAAGCUUGGGCUACGGCCAGCCAUUGGAGGAUGAUUCAGUUAAGGAUGACAAUAGCGAGCUAUCGCUGCUAAGUCUCGCCGAUCAGGGCGAUCAACAUGGGAACGAAGGCGCUCGAGAGGCCCGUGCAUUUGGAUAUGGACGUAGAGGAUAUGGUCGAGGUGGUUUCGGAUAUGGGGGAUAUGGUCGUGGUGGUUUUGGAUAUGGAGGAUAUGGCCGUGGUGGCUUUGGAUAUGGAGGAUUUGGCCGUGGUGGCUAUGGAUAUGGAGGAUUUGGCCGUGGUGGCUAUGGUCGUUAUGGCUAUGGCCGUUAAUCUGGAGUGGAUUUUUAUUAUCAUACCACAAAAAUAAAUAUUUU